AUGGGGAAAAAUCAACAGAAAUGGUCAAAUCUGUUCACAGGGAAUAAAAUGGCUGCACGAGGUAUGGAUCUAGUGUUCAUACCACCUAUUAUUCAGGAUGGGGUUAAAAAGGUACAAUUACAACAGGAGGAGAUGGAAUUGGAGACUAUGAAAUGGCAAAAAGCUAUAAUCGUAUACAUCAUUGGAGAAACACCAUCAAUAGGAGCCAUGGAGAGAUUUAUAGCUGUACAAUGGAAUUUUGCUGCUAAACCUACAGUGUAUUACCAUAAUGAAGGUUACUUUGUGGUACUAUUCAAUAGUAUGGAAGAUAAAAAUGCUGUACUCUACUCAGGACCAUAUACAAUGGGGGUGAAACUAAUGAUUCUGAAGUCAUGGACUGAGGACUUCAAUUUGUACAAUGAAGUUCUCAAAACUAUUCCAUUAUGGGUAAGCUUUCCUAAUUUGCCUCUAAACUGUUGGGGUAGGUUGACAUUGAGUAGAAUUGCUAGUGGACUAGGGAUACCUUUGUAUGCUGAUGAAUGUACAAGUAAUACUGCUAGAAUCUCAUAUGCUCGAGUGCUUAUAGAGAUGGAUAUUAGCAAGGAGUUACCUAAAUGUGUUAAAAUCCAAGACCCUUCAGGCAAAGAAUUUGAACAAGAGGUGGAGUAUGAUUGGGUUCCCCAGUAUUGUAAGAAAUGCUUGAUGGUGGGGCAUGACUGUGAAAGAGAGCAAGACAGAACUAGACCAACAAACAGAAGUGUACAAAAUGACCAGAAUCAGACUAAACAACAAGGAAGGAGUACCAAUAAUCCAAAAGAAGAUCAUCAAGUCUGGACUAAAGCAAAGGGCAAGGUGGGACUGACAAGUCCUAUACAGCAAGUUAUAAAGACUACAAAUGGCUUUUCUCCAUUGAGAGAAGUAGCAAAUGAAGGUAAAAUAUGCUGGGCAGAUGAUGAUAAAGUUGGAUGUAGUAGGGGAGCAGGAGAAGUGAUAAUUCCAACUAAUCAGAAACCUACAUGGAAUGUGAGGGGGUUUAAUAAAGUACAUAAGCAAAAGGAGAUGAAAAUUUUCUUAGAAAAGCAAAAAAUAAAUCUUAUAGCAGUAGUUGAGCAUAGAGUACAGAGCAAUAAAGAAAGGGAGAUUAUAAAUAAAUAUGCACCAGCCUGGAGUUGGUGCUCAAACAGUAAGGGGAAUGAAAGAGGUAGAAUCUGGAUUCUAUGGGAUGCAAAUAGUAUUCAAUUCACUAUGUUGCAAUCUCAUAACCAAUAUAUUCAUGGUAUAGUCAAAAAUAGCAACUCCAGUAAGCAGUUUGCUUUUACAGCUAUAUAUGGACUACAUACUAUUGCUCAAAGAUAUGACUUGUGGGAAGAAUUGAGAAAAAUUGACUCGCAGACCGUUUGUAAUUGGUUGCUCAUGGGGGACUUUAAUGUUGUAAUGGAUAAAGAGGAUAGAGUUAAUGGCACAGAAAUACAAGAAAAUGAAACCAAGGAUUUUAGAGCUCUAAUGGAGGAUUGCAACUUCAAUGAACUAAGAACUGUGGGAAGAACAUACACAUGGACAAAUUGUCAUGUUAGAAUUGAUAGAGCUAUUGUAAAGGCUCAAUAG